AUGUCCAACCAAACAACCAUGACCGAGUUCCUCCUCCUGGGGUUCUCUGACAUCCAGGAGCUGCAGAUCUUACACUUUGUCACGUUUCUGACAGCAUACCUGACAGCUCUGAUGGGGAAUUUCCUCGUUAUCACAGUUGUAACUCGCAACCACAAGCUUCAUUCCCCCAUGUUCUUUUUCUUGAUUAAUUUGUCUCUCCUGGACCUUGGCUCCAUCUCAGUGACCGUGCCCAAAUCCAUGUCCAAUUCCCUAUUGAACACCAGGUUGAUCUCCUACUCUGGAUGUGUAGCCCAAGUGUUUUGUCUCUUCUGCUUCUUGGGAGCAAAUUUAUCCCUUCUCACGGUUAUGGCAUAUGACCGAUAUGUUGCCAUCUGCAAACCACUGCAUUAUGAGAUAAUAAUGAACAGGAGAGCUUGCAUCCAGAUGGCUGCCUGUGCUUGGGCUGCUGGUAUCAUGUACUCUGCACUGCACACUGGGAACACCUUUAGUCUCCCCUUCUGCCACUCAAAUACCAUCAACCAGUUCUUCUGUGAAAUACCCCAGCUGCUCAAGCUCUCCUGCUCUGACACAUACCGUAGAGAGCUGGCAGCCCUUGCCUUCAGUGUGUUUCUAGGUUUAGGCUGUUUUGUUUUCAUCGUUGUGUCAUAUGUUCAGAUCUUCACCGCAUUGUGGAGAAUCCCCUCGGAGCAUGGCCAUCAGAAAGCCUUCUCCACCUGCAUUCCUCACCUUAUUGUGGUCUCUCUGUUUCUUUCCACUGCCAGCAUUGCCUACUUGAAGCCAGUCUCUGACUCCCCAUCCCCUCUGGAUCUCCUGGCAGCUGUUCUGUAUUGUGUGGUGCCUCCAUUGAUGAAUCCGGUCAUCUAUAGCAUGAGAAAUGAGGAGAUCCAAGCUGCCCUCAAGCAACUGCUCCACAGGCUGAUCCUCUCCAAGAACAAGAGGGAGGCCGAUCUGAGCCAGGAGGGCUCAGGGCUGCAAGAAUAA